UCGAAUGGUUUGCGCGAUUUGCAGCCGAAGUCAUUUGUGGUUUAGUGUUCACCGCAUAAACAAUACACGAUCUACACAAAGUAUUCAAUUCACCAUUUUUCCCGUUUCGUGAUGGAUGACAAACUCCUCAAAGCUCGUAAAGCGCGAAUAAGAUCUAUCAUUCGUUCGGCAUUCAAAUUUCUCUAUCCGCUCAGAUAUUUGCUAUUGAUCGCUGCCACUGUGUUAUUAGUUUUAUUGCUUCGUCAUAGAAAGCAGCAAAUUUUGUUUGGGCAUUUUGAGGAGCAUUUUGCUGAUGUGACACACAAAAGUCGCGAGUUUAAGAAAAUUGAUUACCACAACUACGAGCAAAUUCAGAACGAUUUGAAUCGUGUUGGCCCAGGUGAGCAAGGCAAGCCGGCUACUCUCAGCCCAGAAGAAGCCACUAGCGAACUUCGGAAAGAGCUAUACUACAAGAAUGGCUUUAACGCUCUACUCAGCGAUAAGAUCAGCAUUAAUCGUUCGAUAGCCGAUUUAAGACAUCCGAGGUGUCAUCGCAUUAACUACUCAAAACAAUUGCCACAGACAAGUAUUAUAGUACCAUUUUUCGACGAACAUUGGUCCACACUACUGCGUACCGUGUACAGUGUCUUACGCCAGACACCACCAGUUUUGCUUAAAGAAAUUAUUCUUGUUGACGAUGGUAGUACGAAACCUUUUCUCAAACAGCCUCUGGACGAUUACAUUGCAAAACACCUUCAUUCCUUGGUUCGCGUCAUUCAUCUGCCGCAACGCAACGGACUCAUCACAGCGCGACUAUCGGGAGCAAAAGUGGCCAAAGGAGAAGUGUUGCUGUUCCUGGAUUCACAUGUCGAAGUCGGUAUCAACUGGCUACCACCGUUACUUGAACCUAUCGCUGAAAGCUAUCGAACCUGCGUAUGUCCCUUCAUAGAUGUUAUUAAAGACGAUACAUUUGAGUUCAUAGCACAGGACGAAGGAGCCCGCGGUGCGUUCGACUGGAACAUGUUGUACAAACGAUUGCCGUUACGGCCGGAAGAUAAGAAAGAUCCAACCCAACCAUUCCCAAGCCCUGUUAUGGCCGGGGGGCUCUUUGCAAUCAGUGCACGAUUUUUCUGGGAGUUAGGAGGGUAUGAUGACAUGCUCGAAAUAUGGGGUGCCGAACAGUAUGAGCUAAGCUUUAAGAUUUGGAUGUGCGGUGGUCGCAUGGUGGAUGCCCCUUGCUCCAGAGUCGGGCAUAUUUAUCGCAGCUAUUCGCCGUUUCCUAGCGCGAAAACGUACGAUUUUGUGGCUAAAAAUCAUAAACGAGUCGCCGAAGUAUGGAUGGAUGAAUAUAAACAAUAUGUGUAUGCUAAAAAUCCUAUCCGGUACGCCAUAGAUGCAGGAGAUCUCUCAAAGAUGAAACAAUUGCGCAGAAAGCUGCAUUGUAAGCCUUUUCGGUGGUUCAUGCAGGAAGUCGUUCCUGAUUUGGUUGAUCACUACCCUCCAGUAGAACCGGACGAUUUCGCCUCCGGUGCUAUACAAAAUGUAGCUUUUAUGAACCUUUGCGUUGAGGAAAGUAAUAGUUUAAACAGUGUCAAUUUAGCAUUAUGUGUCACAAAUAAGACAAUGCCAGAGCGAACUGAACAGCACUUUCGAUUCACGUGGCGCCGUGACAUCAAAGCCAUGGGAUCGUCGAACUGUGUUGAUGCUUCUAAUCAUUCAGUUGGCGCCGAAUUGCAGUUAUUUCAAUGCCAUAAUCUCCAAGGCAAUCAAUUAUUUCAGUAUGACGUGGACACACGACAAAUCUAUGCUGGAAAAGACAAAAGCUUUUGUUUUGAUGCCGAUGGGAUGAAUGGCAAGCUUAUUCUUUAUCGCUGCAACCGUAAACAAGAAUCUCAACGAUGGCGUAUGGGUCAAAUGAACGUAGAACGUCUUAGAAACUGGGCAAAGUAUGGUGCCAAAUUUCAAGUUUAAAAUCCUUUAUUUCCCUCUUGAUUUUUGUAUACAUUCUAUUAUCUCCUUUGUAUACAUUUCUAUUAUUCUCUGACUCCUUUUAAACCCAAUUAAACCUGUUCUGUUCAACUAAACCAACUGAAGUGAUAAAAAAAAUCUGCCGCGCCUAGCAAAACGAAUCUGUUCGGCUAAUUUAGGUCACAUAAAAUAGUAGAUUAAAUACAUCGAGAUUGGUUCAGUCCCAAUAAAAAAAUCAACCACCUAGUAACCCUCUCCCACUCGCUAUCUAACCACUUUCAUCAUUCACAAUUUUUCCCAUCAGUACCCACCAGUUAAUAAUAGUCCC